AUGAAGAUAUGUACCUCAAGCUCUCGGACGGAAGAAGUGUUGAAGAAUGAGAUUAAUGAGGACGGUUUUCUGCCGGAGUCGUCGCGAGAGAAUAUCGAAGAGUCGCUGCGGUUGAUUGAUGAUUUGAAAUUCUUUCUGGCAACAGCGCCGGUGAACUGGCAGGAAAAUCAAAUAAUUAGACGAUAUUAUCUGAAUAAUGACCAAGGAUUCGUGUCAUGUGUGUUUUGGAACAGUUUGUACUAUAUCACUGGAACAGAUAUCGUGAAGUGUUGCAUGUAUAGGAUGCAAAAAUUUGGUAGGGAAGUUGUGCAGAAGAAGAAGUUUGAAGAAGGCAUUUUCUCGGAUCUGAGAAAUUUGAAAUGCGGUGUGGAUGCCACUCUGGAGCAACCGAAGUCUGAGUUUUUGUCAUUUCUGUUCAGAAACCUCUGCUUAAAGACUCAGAAGAAGCAAAAAGUAUUCUUUUGGUUCAGCGUGCCUCAUGAUGAGCUGUUCGCCGACGCUUUGGAGAGAGACUUGAAGAGGGAAAGUUUGAAUCAACCGUCAACAACCAGAGCCAUUACGGAGCCUGCUCUGUCUUUCACGUUUGACAUUUUGUCUAAUAAGACGCUGAACGAACAGCUGACGAGGUAUUUAAAAGCGAAGUCAGAGGAGAUCUUGGGUUCGGAGCCGGUCAUAUCGAGCAGAAUGGUGGUUCAGGAGCAGGAUAUGAAGUUCAAGACAGAAGAUAACACAAAGUCAACUUUAAAGGACAUUAUUCAAGACGAUACUGGCUUCGGCAUACACAUUGAUAGCUCGACGGACACUCAACAAGACCUGUCGUCGCCCGACACUAGCGCCGACUUUGAGCCGCAGAAGUUGGUCGUUGAACCAAGCAAUUUAGAACUGAAUAAUUCGGACAUCCACAAGGAUGAUGUAGAUACAAUUGACGAAGCCGAUCGUGGUGAUUUCCCAUUGGACUAUUUCCCUGUCGAGAUCGAGUACCCUCAUCAGGAAAGAGAAUUUGAAUCUCUCAAUAUGAGAACGGCAACUGCUCAUCUUCCGCCAUUUUAUGACAAUAGAUAUGAAGAAGAAAUGGUACCGCCAACAGCGACCUUUGCAUUUUUCCCACCGUACGCUAUGCAUACACCCUUUGCUGUGCCGUUAUCUGGGACACGAUCGCAGUUUUUAGUCAACAGCAACAGGUACUGGACCUCGCAGCCACAAGAGAGGUCGCCCACCUCUAGUGGUGAGGAAUCGCCCAAGGACAAGAUCCCGGAGCAAGCUGAUCUUAGCGACAGUCUUGAGAAAAACAACUCGAGCUUUUCAGAUCAACAACAGCAACCAUUAUACCAGUCUCAAGCACAAUAUCUAAAUCCAUAUUCCAAAGCCUUCAAUGGCGGGACUUUUCAUGGGUAUCACCCUCAGGCUGAUAUGACAAUGUAUCCAAGUGAGGCCUUGAGCUAUGGAUAUGAUGACCUCCCUCCAUCACAAGAAGUCUAUGACCAGGGUUAUCUUCUACAGCCUGAGCUCCCGAACUGGGGCUUUGUGCCUCCCCAAGCUAUGCAACCGCCAGCAUCCGGUACAGGUUUUGUUCCUAGGCCUUUCACACCGAGCUUUCGUUCUACUCCUGUUACUGGAAGGACUCCAUACCUCUCGAUGGCUCAAAAUGCUUGGCCUCAAUCGAUCUCUUCACCACAUGGACCUAGAUCAACGUCCGCUACAACCAAAACUCACUCGGGAGCAAGUAUGCAUCAGCAGCAACCCCCUACAUCUUUUACUCAUCGUCGGCAGCCAUAUCCAGGAAAUGUUGCCACUGCCAAAAACGUAUCGAAACAUUCUAAAGUAGUAAAACCUUCCCAUCUUCGGACAAAUUCCCAGCUAAGGAAGCAACAAGCUUCAAAUGUCAAAGCAAAACCCACCCAACCAAAGGCCUCAGCUGAGGGCAACGACCGCGUCAAUUCUGAUGUUGGGCAACGGUUCUCGAUACCGACGCCCGAAUCGAACACUUUGGUAGCACAAGUGAACGAUGGAGCGAGUGCUGGGCCACCGGAAGAGUAUCUAAACGCGGAUGAUCUGCAGCCUCAGCUUCAGAAUCGAGAAGAAUCCGAAUGA